AUGGUGCUAUCUAGGCGCGAAGAGACCAAUCUGGUGCUGAACUGGGAGAAGUGUCACUUCAUGCUCACAGAAGGGAUAGUGUUGGGUCACAAGAUUUCUGCGAACGGGAUCGAGGUCGACAAAGCCAAGAUCAAGGUCAUGAUGCAACUGCAGCCGCCUAAGACGGUCAAGGAGAUCAGAAGCUUCCUGGAUCACGCUGGAUUUUACAGAAGGUUUAUCAAAGACUUCUCAAAAAUUGCGCGACCUUUGACCAAAUUGCUGUGUAAGGAGACAGAGUUCGUUUUCGACGCUGACUGUUUGGAAGCGUUCGAGCUCAUCAAGGAAGCCCUCGUUUCUGCACCGGUCGUUCAAGCUCCUGAUUGGGAUCAUCCGUUUGAGAUCAUGUGCGACGCAUCUGACUAUGCUGUUGGAGCUGUGUUGGAACAGAAAAUUGACAAGAAGCAUCAUAUGAUCUACUACGCUAGAAGGACCUUGGAUGAUGCGCAGAGCUGA